CACUGGCGCAAGCUCUCUAGAGCUCUUUAGUGGACUUCAGUAUAUAAAUCACUGACAAAAGAAAAAAAGGACAGGAGCGCCUAUGAGGAGAAGCAGACGGGGUCAAAACUAGCUGAAGCUCUUUUCUGCUGUACAGAAUUGAGGGUUGGAGCAGUUUCCUCAACCACAGAGCAGGAUCAGAGGACUUCUGAAUGUUAAUUUUUCUCUCAGCGAUGGCUCUCCUGCACAGUGUCCUCUCUCCGGUCCUCAGCUGGAUGUGUCUCUGUUCACUAAUGUACAUUUUCGGUACUGGACUGCUUGCUGUGGUUGCAGUUUUGACUGUGAGGAAAGUCUGGUACUCUCACAGGCUGUCAUGCUUCAGCAAACCACCGGCAAACUCAUGGCUGUUGGGCCAUCUGGGGCAGAUCCAGAGCACAGAAGAAGGUCUCCAGCAGAUGGAUGAUCUGGUGAAGACAUACAAACACUCCUGCUACUGGGUCCUCGGUCCUUUCUAUCACCUGGUCAGACUCUUUCACCCUGACUACGUCAAACCUCUGUUAAUGGCACCUGCCAGCAUGACGGUGAAAAAUGGGCUCAUUUAUCACCACCUACAGCCUUGGCUGGGACACAGUGUGUUGAUCAGUAAUGGCGAGGUUUGGUCUCGCAAAAGACGACUGCUGACUCCAGCUUUUCAUUUUGAUAUUUUGAAGAGCUACAUUACCAUAUUUAACUCCUCAUCUAAAAUCAUGCAUGACAAGUGGUGCCGACUUGUGGCAGAGGGCAAAACUAAUCUGGAGAUGUUUGACCAUGUCAGUCUGAUGACUCUGGACAGUUUACUGAAAUGUGCCUUCAGCUACGACAGCAACUGUCAGGAGUCUCCCAGUGAGUACGUGUCAGCCAUAGUGCAGCUCUGUGACCUGGUAACACAGCGGCAUCACAACAUUUUACAUCAUUGGGACUGGAUUUACUGGAAGACUCAGCAGGGGAAACUGUUCAAACAAACCUUAAAUAUUGUACACAGAUUCAGCAGGGAUGUGGUUCAGAAGCGACGUGCCCUUCUGAAAGCACAGAGGGAGAUAACACAAUGUGAAGUUGCCCCAACAUCACAGAGGAGGAAAGAUUUUGUGGACAUUCUGCUGCUGACAAGGGACGAAGAUGGACAAGGCCUAACAGAUGAGGAGAUACAGGCUGAGGCCAACACCUUCAUGUUUGCAGGUCAUGACACAACAGCCAGUGCCAUCUGCUGGACGCUGUAUAAUUUAGCACGCCAUGAACACUAUCAGGAAAAAUGCAGACAGGAAGUGAUGGACCUGAUGGAGGGACGAGAUGGACAUGAAAUCAAGUGGGAGGAUCUGCCCAAGCUUCCUUUCACCACCAUGUGCAUCAAAGAGAGCCUCAGACUCCACACUCCUGUACAGGCUGUAUCACGGAGUUACACCCAGGACAUGGUGCUGCCAGGAAAUCGAACAGUCCCAGCAGGUACAGUCUGCCUGGUCAGCAUUUAUGGAACACACCACAACCCUAUUGUUUGGACAAACCCAAAUGAGUUUGAUCCCCAUCGAUUUGACCCAGGCAACAAAAUGAGCCAAGCUUCUCAUGCCUUCAUCCCCUUCUCUUCAGGCCCCAGGAACUGCAUUGGUCAGAAAUUCGCCAUGACAGAGCUUCAAGUUGUAGUGGCCCUGACCCUUCUCAGGUUUCGACUGACCCCAGGGGUGAACCCUGAACUCGGGAGCAGCAGAGUUCGCCGUCUUCCCCAAAUUGUCCUGCGUGCAGAGGGAGGCCUGUGGCUGCAGCUGGAGCCUCUGAACACACUCAGACUGAACAAACAGUCAGAGGAAUGAUCCACAAAGAUAAUACUUGAACUUAAUUUUUAAUAAAGUGUCAAGAAAAGAUCAGCUAGAAAGUGAGACUUGACAUUGACAUUAAAACUACAACAGACCUGUCUAAGAA